AUGCCUAUGAAAGAUAGAAUAUACUGGGUUAUGUCUAGUAUUGGUGUUUAUACGGUGAAAUCAGGGUAUAAGUUGGCUAAAAUCAGGAAGAGGAAGGAGGAACAAAGGGGGACAAGGGCAGAACAUGGCUGUAGUAUGAGCUGGGCAACUUUGAGCUGGAACUCUGUAUGGCGUAUGAAUAUGAAGCCAGAGCUACAACACUUUAUCUGGAGAUGCUUGAAUGGCAUUCUCCCAGUAAAUGCACUGAUUAUGGAUAGAUGCUCAAAAGGAAAUUUCCUGUGCAAAUGUUGUGGGGAAAACCCAGAAACUAUUGAACAUUUGUUUUUCUUCUGCAACAGUGCACAGGAGAUCUGGAAAACUGCUCCACUUGACUGGGACGGGCUGAAGAACUUCAGGAGUAAAUUCUGGUUGUGGUGGGAGGAGAUGAAGGAUGCGGUGAGGGAAGAGAAAGGGAGGGAAAGGAUUGAGCUCACUGUACACCUGCUCUGGCAAAUUUGGAAAUCACGAAAUGGAGUGCAAUUUAAUAAUAAACGAAGGGAGCCAGUGGUAGCCGUAAGCAAAGCAGUGCUGGAGUGGCGUGAAUACAUGGAAGCACAGGAGGUAAAUUCAGACGCAGCUCUAGACCAGGAGGGGGAUAAGGCUGGUUGGGGACUGAUUGCAAGGGACUGGCAAGGAGAGGUGAAGGGUGCUUGGGCAGUGCCAAGUACAAGUUGCUCCAAUGCCAAAGUGGAGGAAGCAAAGGCUCUCAGGCUCGCGAUGCUGGUGGCGAAACAGAAUGGGUGGAGACGAGUGGAAUUUGAAUCUGAUUGUUUACAGGUUAUCAAUGAUAUUAACAGUACGAAUGAUGAAGCCGUUAGGUGUACUGUGAUUUCUGACAUUAGGAAACUAAAAUACAGAUUUGACGAAUGUUGUUUUGCCUUCACUAAAAGGGAAAACAACUCUGUUAGCCAUACAUUAGCUAGGAAAGCAUUACAAAUGGAGUGUCCAGCCGAAUGGAAGGAAUGUUUCCCAGGUUGGUUGCUUGAGCUUGCUCAUGCAGAUUGUAAGGGCAGUUGCCCAUUUUUUUCUGUAAGUUGGAUAGCGUAUCAUUGA